CUUUUUUGGCUUUUUGGGACGACAAGCCAAGCACCCGCGAACAAGAGACACAUCCCUCUUUUUUUAAUUUUGCUGCUGCUGCUGCCGCCCUUGUCUCAUACGACUGUGCGUAAACAAGGCCUCUAUUCUCCUUACAUUUCCCUUUCCACCGCCCUUCCCUCGGCCGACGAGGCUAUUUCCUACCUACUCUGACCUGAACCUUUAAUAUCCCGUCAACCGCCGCUUCCUCCACCCCUAGCCGGAAAACGCCCCCUUUGCGAUGAGAGCUUCCCGGGCCCAUGGAACCACAUUUCCCCUGCCCGCUUUGACUUGCAACAAGCACGAACACGACUGCAAAACGUUGUGGAACCGCGCGGGAGCCCUUUCGCCUUUUCCCACGUGCUCCAGCUCCAACCCAUAAGGUACUUUACCUAGAGAUACCUCACUAGCCUAGAAACAUCUACGAAACUACGACGAAAGACGACCACGAAGACGACGAACGGUUACGACACGGAAGAACGGGCAUCAUGCCGUACUCAGGAAGCGCGCAGGCCGCGCUGGUGCAAUGGGCAAACACAUUUCCCCUGGAUGGCCAGGCAGACUCAAUAUCAGAUUUCCUCGACGGACACCUGCUGUCCAAGGUCCUUCAAGCCCUCGACCCCUCCUUCGACUCCAAUACCACCGAGGGCGAGCUAUACGAUGUCUACAAGGGCAUACAGAGGCUAGUAUAUCGCGAGUGUCCGGGGCUUAUUGGGCAGACCAAGCUUGCCGACAUCAGACCCAGGGCGAGAGAAGCGCAGCCGGAGGCCAUCAGUAAGCUCCUUGCCGUGCUAUUUGCUGUUGCAAUGCUUGGUAGCAACAACGAGCGAUGGGUCACCCGUAUCACCCAGGAUAUAUCCGACAAGACGGUCCUCAUGCAGCUUCAGCGGGUCACCCAAGACAUGAGUACAGCUAUCAACGAUGCCGAGGCGGCGGACGUAGAAGAAAUCUCCGAGAUUACCGAAAGCCACGAUGUCGAUCUUGCAAUGGAAGCCGACAACAUACGCCUCCGCUCUGACCUGGACAAGAAGGGAAAGUUGCUCGCAGAUAUGGAAACGCGCUUGGGCCACCUGCAGGAAAGUUACGACGAUCUGAAAGAGGAGGUUGUUCGCAAGGGCAGGGAGCUUGAGGCGUUCCACGAUGCCCAAGACGGUGCUGGCAAGGAGGUCAUCAGGUCGCUCGAGCUGAAGCUGCGUGAGCAGGACGAGCUUAUUGCCAACCAGGAGGCGCAGGCUGAAGAUGAUCGUAUAGCCAAGGAGCGGCUAACGAGCGAAGUCUCGGCACUCAAAGCCAAGACGCAGAAGCUUGAGACGCUUGACGAUGAGGUCAAGGAGCUACGCUUCAAGAAUGAAGAAUUGUCCCGUAAGGCCAACAUGGUUGAGCGGUACAAGCAGAAGCUUGAGGCGCAGUCCACGUUGUCAAAAGAGAUGGACAAUUUACUUUACGAAAAGGAGCAGAUGCAGCGCGAUCUCAUUGAGUACGAGAAAGUUCUGAAGAGAAAUCAGGCCUUGGAGCAGACCAACGAGCAGUACGCUUCAAAGCUCAGAGAUUACGAGCUGCAGUACGUUGAGUUGGAUGCUCAGCGACGGGCUCUUCACGAUGACACUAUGCAGUUGAGAGCUCGACUCGCAACGCUCGAUGCGCAGCGUCUCUCCGAUGAGCACCUCAUCUCCGAGCUGCAGGAGCAGAUCAACUCGGGGUCCCCGGGUGCUCUGUCUCCCGACGCUGGCACUGCGGGCUUCAGUCUCGAGCAGGAGCUUGAGGGUGUUAGCAGCGCCGCCCCACCCAACCUCAGCCUCGAGGUCUCUCGUCUCAAGGCAGAGAACAACUUGCUGCGGAACGGUAUGGGAUCUGGGCCAGAAAACACUCGAUUGCGUCAGGAGCUCGAGGAGGAGCGUAGGCAACGUGAACGUAUCCAGGGGACUUACAACGACACCUUCGAGAAGCACCAGAUUGCGGAGGCCCAAAUCAGCGCUCUGAUCGAGAGCAGUGGCGAAAACGAGGUGCUAGCCAACCUGAGAAUCCAACUUGCUCAAAAGGCCCAUGAACUUGAGAGUGAGAGAAGGAAGAACAGCGAGAUUCAAGCUCAGCUCUCUGACAAGGAUCGCGAGCUCCUCAGCGCAAGGACCGAUCUCUCAGCCGUCGCAAAGGAUAGCGUUGAUGCCCUUGAGGAACUCAAGUCUACUGACCAACUCAUUUCCGGUUCAAUCCGCGAAGAACUCGAGGCAGCGCGCCAACAGCUCAAAAACCUCGGUACUGACCUCGAAGAACAGCGGAGCUCACUUAUCAACGCCCUGCUUGAGAAAGACAAGCUCCGAAAAGACCUCGACGAGGCCAAGGAUGGCACGAGUGCCGAGCCGACAGAGGCCGCCCAGAAGCUCCAGGAGAAGGUUGAUAAAUUGCGUGUUAGACUCAAGGAGCGCCAAUCGCAACUGGAGAAAUCCGAGCAGGAUAAAUACGACUUGCAGCGGAAGCUCAAGGCAGCCGAAGGCGGAGAAGCUGCCGCGGCCCAGAAGGCUGCAAGCGAUCAAAUUAUCAAGAACCUCCAGCGCGAGAACGCACUUAUUGCGACGGCGUGGUACGAUCUUACUAGCCGUAUUCAGAGCAACCACGUCGUCUUGCAAAGGCGGACUGAAGCCCCCAAGAGCUGGCUGGGCAAACAAAGGCAGAUGGUCAAUGCCACUCCUAGGAGAUGAGGCAACCUUCAGCUCCCCGAAUCCAUAGCCUUGCAUUGUCCUGCGCACCGCAUGAUGACUUGGCUCCUCUUCACUUAACAUAUCCACGUUCACAUUACAGCCCUUGGCGAGAAAUAGCAACCUACCCUUACCUCGACCUUACCUCAUCUUGCGCUGGAGUGAGAGAACAUCUCGGCGUCGGUUUCCCACUGUAUUCUUUUUCUACUUCCUCCUUCCGUGUCUUAGCGAGAUAAAGGGGAUGGCUUGGCUGGCCUGCAUCUCGGGUACCAUUGCAUUGCACUGCGCCGGUGGCUGGGCGGUAUUCUGUCUCCUCUUCUUCAUCUUCCCCAUUUAUACUUUUAUCAAGUCCGUUUUCUUCCUGCAGCCUUAUCAUAC